GCGACGGCUAAAACUAAAUUUACACACACAUCGGAAGAUGACAGACUCCUCGGCGACCCCGUCUCAGUGGGAAGUGAUCACUCGCCUCUAUUUAUAACAUCUAACAUCUACCUGUGCUGCCGGUGCGGAGAGGUGUGCUGCCGCGCAGCUUCACGCCUAUUAAUAGUCUCCGUGCAGGCAGUUUGUAGUCGUGCCAUCGCAGUGACUCACUGAGCUGUUGGCCUGAUUGAGGAAGUCCGUUAGUGACUCCCGGCCUCCGCACUAUAGAGUCGGACCGACAGACGGACAGGAAGAGAGACAGACAGCUGGUGAGGCGGGGAGGGAGGCCAGAGAAAAGUGAGGAAUCAUUUUGAGUUUGAAGUCUGAGAGGGUUGAGCUGAGGAUGGACGUGAGACGGAGAAGAGCCGACGGACAAAAGAGAUGAACUUUGUGUUUGUCUAAGAGGGAUUAUUGUUUUUCUCUGAGAGGACAAAGGACGUUUAACUAGUUGUUUUCCAGCUGCUUUGUUCUCAUACUUUAGUUUUCCAGAAGGACUCCUUUUCAGAGCAGGGAACACUCUGAAACCUGCCUCCAGUAGUGAAUACAAACGUCUUCUACCUCAGCUUCAGGAUUAUGGUGGUGCCUGAUCGGUCUGAGGAUCUCAAGGAGGAUCAAAAUGCUGAAAUGUAAAGUUCAAAGUUACCUCUGCUGCCUGUUGUUCACCUCGCUGCUGCUGCUGGAUGUGAGCAGCUCGGCUCCCUCGGAGACUCAGUCCAGACCAUGUAGCAUCUUUCUGUCUGAGCCAGCGUCCGGUCUGGACUCCAUAUCCCUGACGGUCAGCUCACCUGGACAGGACUGCUCCUUCACACUGACAUCGCCAGACGGCGGAGGAGACGCCAUCGAGUGCAGAAGGAGAAGCAAAGGAGACGAGGAGAUGGAGACUAAUGAGAUCGGAGGACGGAGGGAGCGAGGAGAGGAGGAGGAGGAGGAGAAGGAGACGAAGGUGGAGAGAGGAGCCGAUUACCUGGGAACCAACCAGCUAGGAGUUGAGGAUGGAGGGAAGAAGGAGGGAGGAGACGUGUUCACCUGCGUGCUGGAUCACCUGGAGCCUGGAACCAGCUACCAGCUGCAGGUCCAGUCGCAGAGAGACGAGGAGACGGCGAACGUCACCGUGCACACCAAGCCGUCAGCCGUGAGCCGCCUGGCUGUGGCCUCCAGGACCUGCAGCAGCCUGGGCUUUUCCUGGCAGGCCGGUCCAGGCAGGACGCAGCGCUUCAGGCUGCAGCUGUGGGAUCGUUCAGGUCAGCUAAGGAAUGAGACAUUAGCAAGCACGUUUACUCAGCUCACACUUGAUGAGUUGACACCAGGACGGCUGUACAACGUUACCAUGGUGACGGAGGCUGGCGGGCUGCAGAACAGCGCUACGAUCGAGGCUCAGACAGUCCCUGCUGCUGCUUCAAACCUCACCGCCGACUACAACAGCACCAGACUGUCGUUGUCAUGGCAACAGCCCGAUGGCGAUGUGGAUGCACUCGUUGUGACCCUCUCGACCAAUGGCACAAGCCGCUGGGAGAAGACGCUUCCUCCAGACGCCACAGGGGUCGCCGUUGAUCAGCUGACUCCCGGCUCCACCUACCAGGUCGGAGUGACGUCCCGGAGUGGCAAGCUAACGAACCAAUCAGAAAUCACCAUCAGCACAGCUCCGGCAGCAGCGUCCCUCCUCUCCCUCUCUCCCUCCUCCUCCGGUGGACUUUACCUGUCUUGGACGCCCCCCGCUGGCCACUGGGAGAGCUACAGGCUGUUCCUGUUUGACGGUUCCCAGCAGUUAGUCAGCACCACUCUGGACCGAGAAGCAGUGAACUACAGCUUCCCUGGGACGGGACUAACACCUGGGAGGCUGUACAGAGCUGUGCUGAGGGUGGAGUGUGGAGGACUGAUGGCUGACAGCAGCCGUGAAGGAGCAACGGUUCCGGCCCCGGUGUCGGGCCUCCACAUAAGACACUAUGACGAAACUUCGCUUAGCGCCAUGUGGAGCCACGCCCCCUCCGGGUCUCGUGACAGCUACUUCCUGACCAUUCGCCACGGUAACAUCACUGUGGAUACCAGGGAGGUGGAGCCAAACAUGAGGGAGUGCACCUUUAACGUGCUCACACCUGGGAGGCUGUACACCAUCACCGUGACAACCAGGAGCAGGACACUGAACACCUCCGUGUCUGUGGAGGGGAGGACAGUUCCCAUGGCGCUACGUACCGUCACUCUGACAAGCUCUGGAGUGAGAAGCCUGCAGGCAUCAUGGGAGAAACCACCAGGAGACGUGGACUCGUACACGCUGAGCCUGCUGAAGGACAGUGUUGUGGUUCACAACUACAGCAUCCCACUUGGUUCUUCUUCUCUGCUGCUGGCCGGUUUGACUCCUGGCGCCCUCUACAGGCUGCAGGCCGCCACUGUCAGCGGGAGGCUGCAGUCUGAAACCAUCAGCCUGUAUGGACGCACGGCCCCAUCUGCCGUCUCUGAGGUAACUGUUGCUAACGGUGGCAGGUCAGACGCUCUGCAAGUGUCAUGGCGGCCGGCGGAGGGCGAGGUGGACAGCUACCUGGUCCGUCUUCAGGACGGGAGUCGAACCGUCCACACGCUGGCCGUGUCCCGCUCCUCGCCACCCGAGUGCUCUUUCAGCUCGCUGGUCGCCGGGCGGCUGUACUCGGUCGUCAUAGCGACGAGGAGCGGCAAGCUGGAAAACGUCACCACAGUUCAAACACGAACACAACCUGCGACGGUGCAGAACCCGACGGCUGUUCACUCUGCCAGAGACGACUUCCUCAAGGUUUACUGGCGUCAUGCGGCCGGAGACCUGGACCGUUAUGUGGUUCUGAUCCGAUACAACCACAGCGUUCUGCAGAACAAGAGCGUCUCCGCUGGACACAACGAGUGCGUCUUCUCAUCCCUGACGCCGGGGAGACUCUACACUGUCUCCGUGGAAACCUGGAGCGGCGACUACGUCAGCAGCAUCUCCACGGACGGGCGCACCUUUCCAGCAGCUGUUGGGGAUCUGUCACUGGGUAGCGCAGGGACGGGCGAGCUUACUGUCACUUGGAGCCCCGCCCCCGGAGACGUGGACCACUAUGAGGUCACUCUGCUCUUCAACGACACUCGGGUUUUCCCUCCGGUUGCGUUGGGCAGCGACGUGCGACGCCAUCGGCUGACCUCUCUGACCCCCGGGCGUCUUUAUAAGAUUGUGGUGUCAACGUUCAGUGGGCCAUAUCAGAGGGCGCAGUUCAUCGAGGGGCGGACAGUUCCCAGUGCAGUAGGGAACCUCCACCUGGCUCCUCAGCCCGGUGGGCUACUGGUCUCUUGGACGCCCGGAGACGGAGACUUGGACAUGUAUGUCAUCUCCCUGUCCACCACGAACGGUGUUCUUUUGGAGACCCGUCCUGUCCCUAAACACGUCUCCUCCCUCGACUUCCUGGAACUGGUCCCAGGACAGGCCUACACCCUGACCGUCCAGUCGCUGAGCGGGAAGCUGACCAAUAGCAACAGAGCCACCGGCAGGACUGCUCCGGCCAGAGUCACAGCCCUGCAGGCGGAUAACGACCACACCACACACAGUCUCACCGUCAGCUGGGAGAGGCCGGCGGGCGAGUUCGACGGCUACAGGCUGCAGUUGGUGGACGAGGCCGGCGUCCUUCUGGCCAAUCGGUCGGUCUCUGCGGAGAGCCGCAGCGAGCGUCUGGAGGGCUUGACGUCAGGGAAGUGGUACCGCGUGAGGGUGGUGACGCUCAGCGGUGGCGUCCUCUCGCUGGAGGCCACGGCGGAGGGACAAACACGUCCGGCUGCGGUCAGUAAUCUGACCAUCACCUCGGCCAACACCACCUCUCUGACCUUCUCCUGGCGUCCCUCUGACGGCCACGUCGACAUCUACGACCUGUCGCUCUACAGCAUCGCCGAGGCAACAGCCAAACACAGGCAGGACAGUGUGGGAAGCAGGAAGGAGCAUCACCAGGCUGUGGGAGAGCUGGUCGACCUGCAGAAAGUGUCUCCAGCUGCAGACAGCUGUGUGUUCUCCGGCCUGCGAGCAGGAAGUCUGUACAGACUGCAGGUGGUGAGCUGGAGCCGAGGCAUGAACAGCGACUCGGCAGUACUCGCCAGAACGGUCCCGUCUUCAGUUUCAUCUCUUGAGGCUCAGAAUUCAGGACGGACGGACAGACUGACAGUCAGCUGGCAGCACGGAGAGGGAAGCAGGAGCAGCUAUCAGGUGGUUUUGUUCGAUGUCUCUGGAGCCACUCUGGGAGCCCAGCCGCUCGGGGCUGAGCACACGAGUCACAUGUUCUCUGGACUGACUCCUGGUAGGCUGUACCGCGCUGAGGUCAUCACACACAGCGGAGAACUGACCAAUAACAUCUCAGCAUUCGGACGCACGGCUCCGGAGCCGCCCACCCACCUGUCUGUUAAACAAGGUCUGACCAAUGACACGAUAGAGCUGUCGUGGUCUGGUCCCGCCUCCGGGGACUACGACAGCUUCCGCCUGCAGUGGACUCCUCCAGACCGCCUGGUGGUCACACAGACUCGCCUGACCGGUCGUGUCCUGGGCGGAAUGUUUCCGGGGCGGCGGUACAACUUCACCGUGGCAACCAUGAGUGGGGGCGGAGCCAAGGACGGGCCCACAGCCUUGAGCCAGCCCGUCCAGAGGAGCGUCAGGACAAGUCCGUCUCCUCUGAAGUCCAUUCACUGCUUCCCCCUCUCGUCCUCCUCCCUCUCCUGCUCCUGGUCACCUCCUCUCUCUGACUUCGACUCGUAUGAGGUUGAGUGUCGUCGCCAUGACAACGGGGAGUUGACCUCGGCACUGCGGCUGGCGGGGGGCAUCACGGCGGUAACACUGGACCACCUGGAGGCGUUCAGGAGGUACUCUGUGACGGUCCGAGUGUCAUCGGUCGGACAGAUGAGUCCCCCAGCAACACACACGACUGUCACCAUGAUAGACCGUCCCCCUGUCCCGUCCCCCAGCGUACGCGUCAGCGCGAGGUCCUCAAAGGUCACGUCGUCCUCCAUCUUGUUCCGAUUCAACUGCUCCUGGUUCAGCGACGCCAACGGAGCCGUCAGAUACUUCGCUGUGAUCGUGGCCGAGUCUGACGCCAAUGAGAUGCUGCAACCAGAGCGGCGCCACCCUAUGCCCUCCUACCACGACUACAUCAACAACUCCUCCGUCAGAGCGUAUCAGACUGCCUACUUCCCAAGCCGCUGUCCUCAGGACGCCGAGACCUCCGCCGGACAGGUGGUGGAGGUGAACCUGGGGGCAGGAGGUGAUCGACUGGGCGGGACCUGUGACCGUUACCAUGACGACGACCUCUACCUGAGUGACAGCUACGGCAGCUUUUGUGACGGGCCGCUGAAAGCCAAAACCUCCUACAGGCUGAGUGUGCGAGCUUUCACCAGGCUGUUUGAUGAACAUCACAGAGAGCUUCCUGAGCCGCUCUUCACUGACACUUACCUGUCCUCCCCACUCAGGACGCACGCAGAGCCUUUAGGAGGUGUUGUGGAGGGUUUGAGUGCUGGGAUGUUCCUGAUUGGUAUGAUGGUGGCCGUCGUCUCUCUGCUGGUCUACAGACAGCGGCUACGCAAAGUGGCUGUGCAGGAGAACCCGGUGGUGAGGAUGAGUAUGUGGAAAGAGGUUCCAACUUCAGGAUUAUAUAUUGGUGUCAGGAGCAACCGUCGCGUCACCAGUCCUAUCAAAGCCUGCCACUUUGAGUCCCAUCUGACCAAACUGCAGGCCGACUCCAACUACCUGCUGUCCGAGGAGUUUGAGGAUCUGAAGGACGUCGGACGCAACCAGACGAUGGACGUGGCUCGAGUGCCGGAGAACCGAGGAAAGAACCGCUACAACAACAUCCUGCCAUAUGAUUCGACCAGAGUGAAGCUGUCGUACCUGGAGGACGACCCCUGCUCCGACUACAUCAAUGCCAGCUACAUACCUGGUAAUAACUACCGCAGGGAGUACAUCGCCACCCAGGGCCCGCUGCCCGGCACGAAGGACGACUUCUGGCGGAUGGUGUGGGAGCACGGCGUCCACAAUGUCGUCAUGGUGACGCAGUGCGUGGAGAAGGGACGGGUGAAGUGUGAUCAGUACUGGCCUGCAGACCGAGAGCCCCUGUACUACGGUGACCUCGUCAUUCAGAUGCUGUCGGAGUCUGUGCUGCCUGAGUGGACCAUCAGAGAGUUCAGGAUCACCUCGGAGAGCAGCUGCAGUUACCCUCGGGUGCUGCGUCACUUCCACUACACCGUGUGGCCCGAUCACGGAGUCCCAGAGAGCACCCAGUCCCUGAUCCAGUUCGUCAGGACGGUCCGGGACUAUGUGGACCGAUCACCCAGCACCGGCGCCACCAUCGUACACUGCAGUGCUGGCGUCGGCCGUACGGGGACCUUCGUCGCAUUGGAUCGCGUUCUGCAGCAGCUGGACUCUAAAGGAACCAUCGACAUGUACGGCUGCGUGUUCGACCUCCGCCUGCAUCGCCAACACAUGGUCCAGACUGAGUGCCAGUAUGCCUUCCUGCACCAGUGUGUUCGGGAUGUGCUGAGAGCCAGGAAACAUCGCAGCGAGCAGGAGAAUCCUCUCUACCCCAUCUACGAAAACUUCAACCCCGAGUUCUGCCGCGAUUUCGUCUUCACCGGACGCUGAGCAGCUGCUGGCAUCCGUCUGACCGAGACAGAACAAACCUCUGAAUGUUCACUCUAUUAAAACUCUGAAGUCACAGGAAAAUGAUUGCCACACAUCAGGGAAAAAAUGUUUGAGAUGAGCGCAAGCUGGGCAAUAAUUUCCCAGUUAAAUUGGUCAAAUUUUACGUUAAAUGCAGACAAAAUUACAGAAAAUUGAAUUAAACUGAAGCCUUCAAAGUUUGAAUUAAACCGAACUUUCCAAGUUUGCUGACAUUACAAGUUUAAUUCCAUCUGGUCUACCUGUUAGUGACUUUUCAAAAUCAAAAUUUGUAUUUUUGUGGCGACUGAAGGGAAACGUUGGCUGAUCUCAGGUCGUCGGUGGUUAUUAAAAACUUUAUUCACAGGGAAGGAAAGAGCCAUCCGUUCGUUCUAUUCUAUGUUCUCACUCAGUAUAAGCUGUUUAUUUAAAAAGUUACACGUUGCUGUAUGUAAAUAUUGAUGGAAUAAUCUUUUUAUAGCGUGAUGAAGGAUAUCUACACACUGUAUGACAUCUAUUUUUUAUCUUCCGUUGUAUCUCAUUUAUGAAAACAAACAUUUGUCAAGUAGCUACAAUCCGUUACAACCUGCUGGAUUCAGACUUUAAGUUACUGCUUUUUAAAUGUUUAUUUCUAAUAAAACAUCUGAAAACAAAGCAGGAGCUCCUUUUCCCCUGCAAUGACUGGAGCUCAGCUGUUGACUUUCUGGGAUCAAAAUAUUUGGGAAACUUGUGACAUUUUGAAGAUUUGUGAUCAUCUGCACUUUCCACAUUAUUAUAUCGGCGCUGUUUGUUUAAACGCUCUUCUGUCUGAUGACUUUCAGGGUUUGAAAUGUUUUCUGCUGUAUGGAUUUAAUCCUGAGGACAUAUUGAUCGUUUUAAUCGCUGAAGGGACUGCAGGGCCGGGAAACUAAUCAAUGUUCCAAUCGAAAUCGUUGUUACUCUUCACAGAUUAUCAAGAUGUGAUGGUUUUAGGUUCUACCUAAAAGAUGAACAAAUUUGUUAUUAAAAAAUAAUUGCCCCAAUGUGAUGCCAGUUUAUGAUGGAGAUGUUUUAUUGAUCCAUCAGCCAGCCCUGAGAAUGUAAAGCACUUGUACAACAUGCUGUCAGAUCUCUGCAGACUGGAUUAAUCAGAGCUAAUUAAAAAUCUACUUAAACUA